UCUCUCUCCAGUGACAUUUUUCCAGAGACGUCUUACCUCCCGUGAUUCACGGUCUCACCGUCUUUGUCUUGAGGAUCUGUCCACGCUGGGUUGUGACCCCCACGGGGUCCGUACUCGCUCUCCACCAUGGAUGCCCUCUACCACCAGACCAACAAGAGGAUCCACGAGGUGCAGGGACACAUGAGUCGCCUGGAGACCAGUGACAAGCAGUCCCUGCACCUGGUGGAGAAAGAAAUCCAGGAGCACAUCGAGCAGAUCUUCAGCAGCUGCGAGCGGCUGGAAAUUCUCGCCAGCAAGGAACCACCAAACCGGAGACCCAACGCAAAGCUGCGAGUGGACCAGCUCAAGUACGACGUUCAGCACCUGCGAGCGGCGCUGCAGAACUUUGCUCACCGGCGCCUGCAGCGCGAGCAGACGGAGCGCGACCGGGAGGAGCUGCUCGCCAAGUCCUUCACCACCAACGACGCGGACACGUCCAUCGCCAUAGACGAGGCGCUGCAGUACAACUCGUCCCUGCGCAACGCCCACUCGGGGAUGGACGACCUCAUCGCCAGCGGCAGCGGCAUCAUCGACGGGCUGCGUGACCAGCGCAGGACGCUCAAGGGCGCUCAGAAGAAGAUCCUGGACGUUGCCAACAUGCUGGGCCUGUCCAACACGGUGAUGCGUCUCAUCGAGAAGAGGGCCACGCAGGACAAGGCCAUCAUGGUGGUCGGCAUGCUCAUCACCUGCCUCAUCAUGAUCGCCGUCGUCAAGUACCUCACGUGAGACGACGCGGGCCCCUUCCCUCCCCCGCUUCUUCCACUCAUGGAGCGGAGGGAGCGGAGGCACCAGAGGGAGCGGAGGGACGCUGACGCAAGCGGUCACCGACACCCGAACGCAGUGGUCGUUGCGAAGCGAACGCCGGGAUGCGACGGGGACCCCGCGACAAUUCGGCCACGAUCGAUCCACCGUUGGAUGAAGGCCUCCCUCCCCCAAGCCGUCGCCAUCCUUCACGUUUUUCACGAUGCGGCGGUCCGCCCACCGCCUGCGCACGGGUCCGAUUUCGUCGCUCCGUCUCCGCGGCCGGUGGAGCCGGUACCCUUGGGCGUGUCCGCACCCCGGGCUGCCCGCGGGGUAGCUCACCGCGCCCACCGGCCAUCGUCGUCGGCUCCGGUGGUGCGGUGUCCCGAGCUCCCGUCCUCUUGUCAACCGUCAAACUAAUAACCUUUGACCUGCUGCUUCGUAGACAAUGCUAUUUUUCUAAGUCCCCCACCCCUGCAGACCCCAUAAUUAUUACGGAAAUGUGUGCGGCGCGUCGCCUCCUUCAACCCCUGGCGAGGAACACUCGUUGGACGAGGAAGGAGAUGACGUCACGGACUCUUUAAUUUCCGACUUCGAUUCGAUCGGCCCCGUUAUCUCCAACGCUUCCCUCGGUAUCCCCGACGCCCGCCUCUUCGUGCUCCCUUGCCAAGACGCGUUCAUCGAGCGGCAGUCAAACCGGAACAUUUUAGACUUCGGAACUGUAAUUUGGAGACUUGAACGUGACGGGAAUUGGUGACCGGGCAAACAUUUUCCACUCGCUAGAGAAACCCGGUUUAGUCACAGCUCAGCUCAGGCCUAUGCGAGUCUAUGGGUCUCGAUGCAAGUCAUUGGUGACCAGGCUGAGGCCAUUAACUCACUCAGUCCAUCCGAGCCUGAGCCUCUGUGCGAGUCCACGGAUCUCUGUGCGAGUCAUUGGUUGACCGGGCUCGAACCAUCAACUCGCUAGAUUUGAGAACCCGUGUAAUCACUGAAGACCCGGAAUAGGACCCAGAAUCUGUAGCAUCGGCCCAGCGUCUCCGACACGGCAAUUACAUGCGUUUCCUUCACCUGCGUAGACGCAAUUCCAUCUCCCGCGGCGUUCCCUUUCGCGGUAAACUGUGAAUGUCUGCGCGGUUGUCCGCAUCCAUUGCUCCGUUUGUGCCGCCGGUUCUAUGAGCCGGGCGGUAAUUUGGUGGCGCGGUGACGAUUAAUAAAUGCGUGGUUCUGAGCAGCCGAUUCUCGCUGGACGCCUACAGACACCUCCACACUGUU